AUGAGGCCCCCAACCACCACCCGCUGCCCCGGGCGCGUCCUUCGGAACCCCUGGAGGAGCUUCUUGCCUCUCACGCUGGCUCUCUUCGUGGGCAUGGGUCAUGCUCAGAGGGACCCGUUGGGCAGAUACGAGCCGGCUGGAAGGGACGCGAGUCGGCUGCGGCGCCCCGGGGGCAGCCACCCCGCAGCGGCUACAGCCAAGGUGUACAGUCUGUUCCGGGAGCAGAACGUGCCCGUCCCGGCUUUGCCGCCCGCGGAGCGGACCCAACCUGGCUGGGGGAGCCCCAGCAGGCCCGCCGAGGCGGAGGCCAGGAGGCCUCCCCGCGCGCAGCAGCCGCGGCGAGUCCAGCCACCUGCGCAGACCUGGAGAAGCCGGCCCCUGCGCCAGCAGCAGUCCGCACCCCGGGCCCAGGCCCCCCCGGCUCUCCCGCGCCUCGGGACCGCGCAGCGGCCGCGGGCUGCGCGAGGGCGGCUAACGGGGAGGAAUGUCUGCGGGGGACAGUGCUGCCCAGGAUGGACAACAGCAAAUAGUACCAACCACUGUAUCAAACCCGUGUGCCAGCCGCCCUGCCAGAACAGGGGCUCCUGCAGCAGGCCCCAGCUCUGCGUGUGCCGCUCCGGCUUCCGCGGAGCCCGCUGCGAAGAGAUCAUUCCUGAGGAGGAAUUCGACCCCCAGAACUCCAGGCCGGCACCCCGACGCUCAGCCCAGGGGUCUCCCAACCUGCGCAGGAGCAGUGCGGCCGGAGAAAUCACCACAGCCAGAGCGCGGCCUCCAGCACCACAGCCGCCACUGGCCAGGCAGUCCUCUCCAGCUGGGACCCUGAGUGGGCUCAGCCAGACACACGCCACCCAGCAGCACGUGGGGCUGUCCCAGACUGUCCGACUUUAUCUGGCCACUGCGGCCAAUGGCCAGCUGACCUCCAAUGCCCUGCCCAUGGGGCCAGGCCCUGAACGGAAGGAUGGUGCCCAGCAGGCAGCAUAUCUGGGCCACCCGUCAUCCUCCUGGGGGCUGAAUCUCACGGAGAAAAUCAAGAAGAUCAAGAUCGUCUUCACUCCCACCGUCUGCAAGCAGACCUGUGCCCAUGGGCGCUGUGCCAGCAGCUGCGAGCGUGGCGACACCACCACCCUGUACAGCCAGAGCGGCCACGGGCAUGACCCCAAGUCUGGUUUCCGAAUCUAUUUCUGCCAGAUCCCCUGCCUGAAUGGAGGCCGCUGCAUUGGUAGGGACGAAUGCUGGUGCCCCACCAACUCCACUGGGAAGUUCUGCCACCUGCCCGCUCCCAAUCUGGACAGGGAGCCUCCAGAGAGGGGGGUCCACCACAGGACCUCGCCACAGGGCCCCUUGAAGCAGUCCACCUUCACACUGCCUCUCUCCAACCAGCUGGCCUCUGUGAACCCCUCCUUGGUGAAGGUGCACAUCCACCACCCGCCUGAGGCCUCCGUGCAGGUCCACCAGGUGGCUCGGGUACGGGGCGAGGUCGAGGAGGCCCCGGAGAACAGCGUGGAGACCAGACCCUCGCCCUGGCUCCCCGCCAGCCCUGGCCAUGGUCACCGGGGCAGCAACAGCAUCCCGGCUCGGUCUGGAGUGGUUCCUCGGCCGCCACCCCCGGUGGUGCCCAGGCCUCCUGCACUGCUGGGCCGGUGCUACCUGAGUGCUGUGAAUGGACAGUGUGCCAACCCCCUGCUGGAGCUGACUGCCCAAGAGGACUGCUGUGGCAGUGUGGGAGCCUUCUGGGGAGUGACCUCCUGUGCCCCGUGUCCACCCAGACCAGCCUCCCCAAUGAUUGAAAAUGGCCAGCUGGAGUGUCCCCAGGGGUACAAGAGACUGAACCUCACUCACUGCCAAGAUAUCAACGAGUGCCUGACCCUGGGCCUGUGCGAGGACUCGGAUUGCGUGAACACCAGGGGCAGCUACCUGUGCACCUGCAGACCUGGCCUCCUGCUGGAUCCGUCCAGGAGUCGCUGUGUGUCGGACAAGGCCGUCUCCAUGCAGCAGGGGCUGUGCUACCGGUUGCUGGGGCCCGGCACCUGCACCCUGCCUUUGGCCCAGCAGAUCACCAAGCAGAUAUGCUGCUGCAGCCGAGUGGGCAAAGCCUGGGGCAGCAAGUGUGAGAAGUGCCCCCUGCCUGGCACAGAGGCCUUCAGGGAGAUCUGCCCUGCCGGCCACGGCUACACCUACUCAAGCUCAGACAUCCGUCUGUCCAUGAGGAAAGCCGAGGAGGAGGAACUGACCAGGCCCUCGAGGCAACAGGGGCAGAAGAGCAAUGGGACCCUGCCCAGACCAGCAGAGAGGCAGCCACUCCGGGAGGCCACCGGCACCUGGCUGGAGGCCGGGACCAUCCCUGACAAAGGUGACUCUCAGGCUGGCCAGGUCACAACCAGUGUUACCCAGCUAUCUGCCUGGGUCCCAGGAGAGGCCAUAGGAAGACCAACGCCGCCACUGCCUGGACAGGGGAUCCAGGAGGCCCGGGAAAAAGAGCAAGUGACCGCCCCCACCGAUGUGCUGGUGACCCCGGCCCCGUCAGGCAUUGACAGAUGUGCUGCUAGAGCCACCAACAUCUGUGGCUCGGGAACCUGUGUGAACCUCCCUGAUGGAUACAGAUGCAUCUGCAGCCCCGGCUACCGGCUGCAUCCCAGCCAGGCCUACUGCACAGAUGAUGAUGAGUGUCUGAGAGACCCCUGUAAGGGAAGGGGGCGCUGUGUCAACCACAUGGGCUCCUACUCCUGCUUCUGCUACCCUGGCUACACGCUGGCCACCUCGGGGGCCACACGGGAAUGCCAAGACAUAGAUGAGUGUGGGCAGCCCGAGGUGUGCAGCGGGGGGCGGUGCACCAACACGGAGGGUUCCUACCACUGCGAGUGUGACCAGGGCUACAUGAUGGUCAGGAAGGGCCAUUGCCAAGAUAUCGACGAAUGCCAUCACCCCGGCACCUGCCCUGACGGGAGAUGCGUCAACUCCCCUGGCUCCUACACUUGCCUGCCCUGCGAGGAGGGCUACAGGGGCCAGAGUGGGAGCUGUGUAGAUGUGAAUGAGUGUCUGACCCCUGGGGUCUGCACCCAUGGAACGUGCAUCAACCUGGAGGGCUCCUUCAGAUGCUCUUGUGAGCCGGGCUACGAGGUCACCUCAGACGAGAAGGGCUGCCAAGAUGUUGACGAGUGUGCCAGCCGGGCCUCGUGCCCCGCGGGCCUCUGCCUCAACACGGAGGGCUCCUUCACCUGCUCGGCCUGCGAGAGUGGGUACUGGGUGAACGAGGACGGCACUGCCUGUGAAGACCUAGACGAGUGUGCCCUUCUGGGAGUCUGCCCCUCGGGAGUCUGCACCAACACUGCCGGCUCCUUCUCCUGCAGCGACUGCGAGCGGGGCUACCGGCCCAGCACCCUGGGCCACACCUGUGACGAUGUGGAUGAGUGUGAAGACCCCCAGAGCAGCUGCCUGGGAGGUGAGUGCAAGAACACGGCUGGCUCCUACCAGUGCCUCUGCCCCCCGGGCUUCCAGCUGGCCAAUGGCACCGUGUGUGAGGACGUGGACGAGUGCGUGGGAGAGGAGUACUGCGCACCGCGUGGCGAAUGCCUCAACAGCCACGGGUCCUUUUUCUGUCUCUGCGCCCCCGGCUUUGCCAGCGCAGAGGGGGGCGCCAGCUGCCAGGAUGUGGACGAGUGUGCAGUCACUGACCGGUGUCUUGGGGGGCAGUGUGUCAACACUGAGGGCUCCUUCAACUGUCUGUGCAAGACUGGCUUCCAGCCCUCCGCAGAGAGUGGGGAGUGUGUGGACAUUGAUGAGUGUGAGGACUUGGGAGACUCGGCGUGUGGGGGCUGGAGGUGUGAGAACAGCCCCGGCUCCUACCGCUGUGUCCCGGGCUGCCAGCCGGGCUUCCAUGUGGCCCCGACUGGAGACUGUGCUGACAUAGACGAGUGUGCCAACGACACCAUGUGUGGGAGCCACGGUUUCUGCGACAACACCGACGGCUCCUUCCGCUGCCUCUGUGACCAGGGCUUCGAGACCUCGCCCUCCGGCUGGGACUGCAUUGACGUGAAUGAGUGCGAGCUCAUGCUGGCGGUAUGCGGGGCGGCACUCUGCGAGAACGUGGAGGGCUCCUUCCUGUGCCUCUGCGCCAGCGACCUGGAGGAGUACGACGCUCAGGAGGGGCGCUGCCGACCGCGGGUGGCUGGAGGUCACAGGAUCCCUGAGGCCCUGCCAGGGGAACACCCCCCAGGCCCCAUCCGCAUGGGAUGCUACUCUGGGCAAAAGGGCCAGGCACCCUGCUCCAGUCUUCUGGGCCGGAACGCCACGCAGGCCGAGUGCUGCUGCACCCAGGGCACCGGCUGGGGAGAUGCCUGUGAGCUGUGCCCAGCCGAGGACUCAGUCGAAUUCAGCGAGAUCUGCCCUAGUGGGAAAGGCUACAUCCCUGUGGAAGGAGCCUGGAUGUUUGGACAGACCACAUACACAGAUGCCGAUGAGUGUGUGAUGUUUGGGCCCGGUCUCUGCCAGAACGGCCGGUGCCUCAACACGGUGCCUGGCUACAUCUGCCUGUGUGAUCCUGGCUACCACUACGACGCUGCCCGCAGGAAGUGUGAGGAUCACAAUGAGUGCCAGGACAUGGCCUGUGAGAAUGGCGGGUGUAUGAACACGGAAGGCUCUUUCCACUGCUUCUGCAGCCCGCCCCUCACCCUGGACCUCAGCCAGCAGCGCUGCGUGAACAGCACCAGCGGUGCGGAGGACCUGCCUGACCAUGACAUCCACACGGACAUCUGCUGGAAAAAAGUCACCAACUACGUGUGCAGCCAUCCCCUGCACGGGCGCCACACCACCUACACUGAGUGCUGCUGCCAGGACGGCGAGGCCUGGAGCCAGCAGUGUGCUCUGUGCCCCCCUAGGAGCUCUGAGGUCUACGCUCAGCUGUGCAACGUGGCCCGCAUUGAAGCGGAGCGGGAGGCCGGGGUCCACUUCCGGCCCGGCUACGAGUAUGGCCCUGGGCCCGACGACCUGCACUACAGCCUCUACGGCCCAGACGGGGUCCCCUUCUACAACUACCUGGGCCCCGAGGACACUAUCCCUGAGCCGCUCUUGCCCAACACGGCCAGCCGCCCAGGGGACCGCACACCGGUCCUUGAGCCUCCCCUGCAGCCCUCAGAACUCCAGCCCCACUACGUGGCCAGCCAUCCAGAGCACCAUGCCGGCUUCGAAGGGCUUCAGGCCGAGGAGUGCGGCAUCCUGAACGGCUGUGAGAAUGGCCGCUGCGUGCGCGUGCAGGAGGGCUACACCUGUGACUGCUUCGAGGGCUUCCAGCUGGACACGGCCAACAUGGCCUGUGUGGAUGUGAAUGAAUGUGAUGACUUGAACGGGCCUGCAGCACUCUGUGUCCACGGUCACUGCGAGAACACGGAGGGCUCCUACCGCUGCCACUGCCCCCCAGGUUAUGUUGCCGAGGCAGGCCCCCCACGCUGCACCACCAAGGAGUAG